UUGUUUAUUCUGUUUGUGCUUUCAGACAGGAGAGACUGUUGCUCUCAAGAAAGUGGCCCUGCGGAAACUGGAGGAUGGAAUUCCGAACCAGGCCCUGCGGGAGAUUAAAGCUCUGCAGGAAAUUGAGGAUAAUCAGUAUGUAGUCAAACUAAAGGAUGUCUUUCCCCACGGGACAGGGUUCGUCCUGGUCUUCGAGUACAUGUUGAGUGACCUGUCCGAGGUGAUCCGCAAUUCUGACUGGCCCCUGACUGAGUCACAGGUUAAAGGUUACAUGAUGAUGCUGCUGAAAGGGCUGGCAUUCUGCCACCAGAACUCCAUCAUGCACAGGGACUUGAAGCCAGCAAACCUGCUCAUCAGCUCGACGGGGCACCUCAAAAUUGCUGAUUUCGGACUUGCCCGGGUUUUCUCCAAUGAAGGCGAUCGACUUUACAGCCAUCAGGUGGCUACCCGGUGGUACCGAGCCCCAGAGUUGCUUUAUGGAGCUCGUAAGUAUGAUGAAGGGGUGGAUAUUUGUCUCACGCCGUCCAACAGGCUUUUGUGGUCACGGAUAUCAAUCUACCAGCGCACCUCAGGGUCACCUCUGUUCGAUUGCCCCGGCUUGUGUGAAGCCAAGGCGCUAUACCAAUGCAGCUUGUUCAUCCAAGAAAUUACCGAGCUGCCAGAUUACAACAAGAUCACUUUCAAGGAGAAUCCACCCAUUCCACUGGAACACGUUGUCCCAGACGCCUCACCCGAGGCAGUGGAUCUACUGAAACGCUUCCUGGUUUACCCGUCCAAGCAGAGAAUCAGUGCAGCUGAGGCUCUCCUGCACCCGUAUUUCUUCAAGGAGCCGCUGCCUGCCCAUCACUCGGAGCUGCCGAUCCCGCAGCGGGCGGGCAGGAAGACCCUGCAGCAUCAGCACGAGUUCCACAUCGAGCAGCCCCUCGUGGAGUCAGUGACUGACCCGGACCUCGUCUCCUGCCAUGCCCGGCUCUAGUGACACCACCGUUGUGCUGGGAGAGAAUGGGGUGCUGUUCCCCUUUUUAUAGACUGUCUGCUUCAUUAGAGAGAGCAGAGUGCUGUCACUCCACAACCUGUGUUACAGGAGUAUUGUAAUAAAACACGAGACUAAUGAUUGA